AGGGCACGGUCCGGCGCACACGGGCUGGGCUGGCUGGGACAUCGCGGGACGGCCCGCAGGAGGAGAACGAGGAAAGGCGGUACCGGAUUCAGCCGGGGACAGCCCGGCCCUGCCCUCGCCUCCCUCCGGCUCUACCCGGCCCCGGCCCCGUCGGGCCGCCCCGCGGGGCGGGGAGCGGGCGGGGGCCGCGCAGGGCCCGAGGAGGCCCCGGACCCCGCUCCGAGAGGGUGCGGUGGGGGCCUGCGGGGCGAUGUGGGGCCGCGGGCUGCUGCCGCUGCUGCUGCUGCUGCUGGGCGCUGCGGGGCCGCUGCUGCGGCCGGCGGGGUCGGCGGAUCCCGUCAGCGCCGAGCGGAGCCUAGCCUGGGGCCCCGGGCUGGACGCGGCGCUCACCGUGCCCGUGAGGCACUUCUACAUCCAGGCGGUCAGCGAGGCCGGACGCAACUUCUCCCGCUCGCCGCCAGGGAAAACACAAUUUAAAGUGGUAAUUAAAGCACUUUCUCCAAAAGAAGUCACCAGAGUUUACACCCCUCGGCCUCUGGAUAGAAAUGAUGGUACAUUCCUUAUGCGGUAUCGGAUGUAUGGAAGUGUCACAAAAGGCUUAAAAAUUGAGAUACUUUAUGGUGAUCAGCAUGUGGCUCAAUCACCUUAUAUUUUGAAAGGACCAAUUUAUCAUGAAUACUGUGACUGUCCUGAAGAAGACGCUGAGGUCUGGCAGGCCAUGAUGUCUUGUCCAUCCCAAGAACCUCAGAUUACCAAAGACUUCAUUUCGUUUCCCACCAUUGACCUGCAGCGAAUGCUUAAGGAAAUCCCAGCAAAGUUCAGCCAAACGAGAGGCGCUAUUGUUCAUUACACUGUUCUGGAUAAUCACAUCUACCGGCGCUCCUUAGGGAAGUACACAGACUUCAAAAUGUUCUCCGAUGAAAUGCUCCUGUCACUGGCCAGGAAGGUUCGUCUUCCUGAUGUGGAGUUUUAUCUCAAUGUUGGAGACUGGCCAGUUGAGCAUCGGAAGGCUAAUGAUACACCUGGUCCUGUACCUGUCAUCUCCUGGUGUGGCUCUGUGGAUUCCAGAGAUAUCGUCCUGCCAACGUAUGAUGUAACCCACUCAACUCUGGAAACCCUGCGUGGAGUCACCAAUGAUCUCCUUUCCAUUCAAGGAAAUACAGGCCCCUUCUGGGAAAACAAAACUGAGAGGGCUUUAUUCAGAGGUCGAGACAGCCGAGAAGAACGUCUCCAUCUUGUCAAGUUAUCCAAGGAAAAUCCAGAGCUACUAGAUGCUGGAAUAACUGGAUAUUUCUUCUUCAGAGAAAAAGAAAAAGAGCUGGGGAAGGCUCAGCUGAUGGGCUUCUUUGACUUCUUUAAGUACAAAUACCAAGUGAAUGUAGAUGGCACCGUAGCAGCUUACAGGUUUCCAUACCUCUUGCUGGGUGACAGCCUGGUAUUGAAGCAAGAUUCCCAGUACUAUGAACACUUCUAUAUUGGAUUAAAACCUUGGAAACAUUAUGUUCCAGUUAAGAGAAACUUAGAGGACUUGCUAGAGAAAAUAAAAUGGGCUAAGGAAAAUGAUGAGGAAGCAAGAAAAAUUGCUAAAGAAGGUCAACUAAUGGCAAGAGAAUUACUUCAGCCUCACAAGUUUUACUGCUACUAUUAUAAGGUGCUGCAGAAAUAUGCCGAACGCCAAGCCAGCAAACCUGAAAUACGGGAUGGAAUGGAACUUGUACCUCAGCCUGAUGACAGGGACUCAGUGUGCAGUUGCCACAGGAAAAAGCCUUUAAGGGAAGAUCUAUAACUGUACUGGAUGGAGACAAUGACCCACUUAAAAUGCAAGAAUAGGAAUUAAGCUGUGAAAUCCAAGACUCUUAUACAGUAGCAGACGUUCUUAGUUGUGUAUUAUUCUUGUAUUUUCAUACCCUUUUUCACGCUUGUUCUGAUCUACAAUGUUGGUUCUCACAAUUUUGGCUCCAUGACCUCCACCAGACAGACACUGAGCCUGCAGUGGGGAAUGUCUGGAGGAUUUGUUUGAUGCACUGCACCAAGCAGGAAGAGGAGCACAGAGCUGCUCAUGUUCCAGAUGGGACCUAUUUACCCAAGUUUUAUGAGCAACUAGUCACCACAAAAGAUCUUGCCAUGAGUCAGUGCAAGUUAUUCUAAAGGAGCAUUUGUGAUACAUUGAAACAGUAUUAUUAUUUCCUCAUAAAGUUUACCUCAGUGUUAGAUUGUUUCUUGUAUACAAAACAAUUUUCAAACUAGACAAAAAUGAAUGUUUGAGAUUUACAGAUAUCAGAUCUGGUUAUGCUUUCACAUUAUUUUGUGGUGUAUGACAGGUUACAGACAACAUGAUGUAACACUCAUCAAUUUUAGAGGAAAAUGGAGAGGAAGGGGAGAGAUUAGAAAAAUAUGUUUGUAAGCAUCAUGGCUGUGAAACACCAGAAUUAAGUGCUGCUUUAAAACAGACCCUGUAGCUAUCACAAUCACAGUGGUUUGGGUGCCAGGUCACCACCCUGAAGAUCUGUUCCCUGCCAGUGACUGAAUAUAGGCACAGAUCCACAAAAGGCUUGGGAAUUUCAGGCCAUGGGAAACACUGGUGUCUUAGUUCAACACCACCAUCUACAGUAUUCUAGACUACGUGAAAUCUGAAAUUUGUUAGCAGAGUUUUAGACCACCUAGGUUUAACUUUUGUGUAAUAGUCUAGGGGUUAGAGUCCAUGUAAAGCAAUUGGGAAGCUGGUUGUCCUCUGUGGUUUGAUCAAAGCCAUUUUUUCCAGAGGGUGCCUUAGCUCCAAACUGGACAAGAGGUUUUCACGUCUUCUACUGAAGUUCCUGUGCAUCCAUGAAUCUAGGAGUGUGAAAUUCACAGGGGCAGUAAGAUCUGGUCAUAUCUUUUUGAUAAAGUCUGCCUUUGGAUGGGGAAGAAGAAGAAUCCUAGUCCUGGAUGCAGAUCCAAAUACCUCUGUUGGUUUUUGCCCAAGUUUGUCCGCUUCAAAAUGCAUAAAUAAUCCUGGAAGGAGGCACCAAGACCAGUGCCCACAAGCACCCAUUUCUGUGUUUUCAUCUUGGCUAAUGCAGCUUGCCUGAGCAGCUCCUCAGUCACUACAGUCAGAUGAAAGCUUUCAUGGAUACCAAAUUCUCCCUACACUAAAAAGAAUGGGGAUAUCUUCAGACAGUGGACUUGUCUGACUGAUUUGAUUUGAUGCACAAAAAUAGUGCUCUACAUGUCAUGCAGGCUUUGCUCCUGGUUCUGUGCUGAAAAUUACAUAAAAUUUCUGCAUUAGAAAGGCACUAUGCUAAAUAUGGAAAGAAAUUUGUCUUUCUAAAGAGGUCAGUGCAACUGUCCAUCAGUCAUUUAUUACAUUAUGCCAGUUCAGAAAAAGACCCGUAUCGUGUUGCUCUACCCAUAAUCCUCUUUGUUCUGGUUCUAACACUCAUAUUUAUAGGAGUUGUAUUUUUAUUUAGCAUGAAAAUCAGUCCUAGAACUUCAGGCUAUAAAUAUAUGUUCAACUCAUCUAACAUAAAUUUUUCUACAUCAAAGUUCAGGAACAGGGUUUCAUUGCUGAAGCUGACACUGAAGACUGAGUAUGCGCUCCCCUUUUGUUCUAUGUGUACAGUCAUUUUUACUGUAUUACAUGAUCUUAUUUUGGGAAAUUACCCAUUAUGCCAUGUGCUUUUUAUAUUCACCAGUGUUUACAAAGGUGGUGUGCUCAGCAAAGGCAAGUAAGCAUAAAAGAUGGUUGAACAACAAAGUUUUCCACAUAUUUCAAGUCAAGACCCCAAAAGGGAUUCAUUUAUAUUUUUUAAAAUGGGAGAGAAUAGGGGGUGUCAUGGUUAUUUGGAAAUGUAUGGACCUAUGUAGGAAAACUUGCCUAGCUUGAAGCAGAAGUCUUUCAAACUGAAAGAAGAGUCAGAUAAAUUUCAGAUUAUGAAUAUAAUGUGAAUGUUUUAUCCCUCCCUUCUUCCCUCAUAAAAAGGGAAAGAAACUAUUCUUAAUUCUUCUCUGCCAAAAAAAGUCCUUGCUUUUGUAAUAAACAUCUCUCCAAAGCAAAGACUAGUUUGUCAACAGGGUGCCUUACAGCUGCUUUUAUAGCUUACAGGCAAGAAAUACCCUGAAAAAUAUGACUGCAUUCAUCUUCUUGCUGUAAUGAAAAAAAUAGUGAAGAAAUAGUGGAACUUUUACUACAAGUCUAUAGUAAUUUGAGAAAAUCUGGUUCAAAGAGCUCUUCCAAAGGUAAAAGAAGGCAAAGUCUCUCUUCUUUCCAUUGGUGCUACUAUAUGCAAUUUAAAUUGUAAUGAAGAGUGAUCAUAGCAAUUGUCCCACCAGGCCAGGAAAGGUGUCAGAUCUAUUUGAGUUUGAUGAGAGGAUGAUACCCAUUGGCCUGGUGUGUUACAGGAAAUGCUAAAUAGUGAGUAAAACCUGGUUUUGCAAGUAAAGUGUAAUACAUUAAAUAGAAUUUUUUAAGUGGCAUACAUAGACUGGACUUUGUAUUAUUCUGUGGUAGUUCUUGAACAAUGACUGUUCAAAGCUUUAAAAAUCUCUUGGUGGUGAUAAUUUUGGAAAACUGUUACCAUACCACAGUAUUUUGCUAUAGUACUUUCAGUUUUUAAAUAAUAGAGUAAAACCUGUCCUGUUUCCAUCAGGGAUUUACCAGUGAUGACAGAGGCAGAUUUAUUUGUUUGAAAUAGUAUGUCCUAAAGUCCAGGGCCAAUGUUCUCAAACACAGGAAUCUACAGAGAAGGGGUUUGACUUCCAGAAAUGUUGGGAAGGCAGUUCUUUGUUUUCAGAUUUCUUCAGCCUUAACAGUAGCUUCAUAUAAGCAGUUAACACUGCUUUUAUAUUAUGUGAUAUGUAUGUCCUAAUAUAUUUAGGCAUUCACGUUUGGAAAUACCCAAUCUCAAUUUCAUCUUGAAAUGAGAACUAAUAAAUCCUGAUCUGUUGAACAUAAAAGAGAUACAGUUUCAUAUAUAUUUUAGACUGGGGUUUUUUUUUUACAUUUACCUCAACAUCACCAAUAUAUUUGUUUUGUGACAGAAUUGUGCCAGGCCCGCCUUGCAGAUUCAUAAUUUAAAAAACCCUAUUAUCAAAGCUUGUCUGAUGGAAUGUUAGAUUCAAGCAUCCAUGCCGGGGAGCAUACGCCCGACAUUUAUUACAUUACAAAGUAAAUUAUUUAGUUAGGGAGGAGAGCUGACAAGCAAAACAUACAUCACCUGUUGGAGCACGUCUGAGAAGCUUGCAAAGAAACUAUAAUAAGGAAAAGAAGCAUUAUAUAAACCUACGAUAUUAUCAGCUCCUUUAGCAUUGCAGUUUUGCAAAAAUUUUGUCUGAAAGGGCGGUGAUGAAGUGCAAGCUGUUAUAUAAAUAUAUUAUUGUUUAAGUUCACAGGAUUUAACAGCUAGAGUCUUCUUGUCUGUGAGAAGUUUUAUUGCAUUUUAAUGAGGCUAUAUGAGUACAAUGCUUCUGUGUUGAGUUGUUAAUAGGAAAAUCUAUACUGCAGACAGUUAUGGCACUAAUUUUGGGUUUUGCUGUGAGAAUAAGGGAAAAAGGAUUAUUUGCAUGUUUGUUUGAAGCCAUUUCAAACAUCUGUAGCACAUUCCUUAAUUGAGUCCUGUCAUGUGAGCAGUGAUAAGCAGGAGUGUGGCCAGCAGGCCGAGGCAGGUGUUUCUUCCCACCUGCUUGGCAGUGUGAGACUGCAGCUGGAGUCCCGUAUUCAACUUUGGACUCCCCUGUGCGAGAAAUACGUCAACACCCAACAGGGUGAUAAAGGCAAUGGGGCACAGGGUGCAUGAGGACAAGCUGAGUGAGCAGGGCUAGGUCAGCCUUAGAAAGAGAAGGCUUCUCAGAGGGACACAGCAGAAAUCCUGACAAUAGACGCAAGCUGCAUCAUGGGAAAUUCCAAUUAGAUAAGGGAAAAAGAAUCCUAAACUGCUAUCCCCAAGGAGAUGAAGCUUGUUCUGUGUGACAUCCAGAUGUUCAUUUUUCUACGAACUACACUUCAGUCACACAACAAGCAUUUAUCUAGUCACAUAGCAGAGGGAUGAACCCAGCUCUUGAGUGUCUCCAAGAGGCAGGGUAGCCUUUCUGUGCUGACACUUUUGACACUAUUCAUGAUUAUGUCUCCCUUGAUAAUACUGACAAAGUUUUGCACGUAUUUUUGUGUUGGCUUGUAAGGCUAUAAAGUUAUAUAUCAAUUAUACUUUUAUUUCAUAAUAUUAAUAUGUAUAAUAUAAUGAUUUACCUUACUAAUGUACAUUAUCACAAUAUAUCCUAGUCAUGCAGUACACAGAAGAUUUGACAGAAGUGAGAUACAUUGAUUUGGUGUUACAGGCCUGGACUGAAAGUGCAAGACCUGCUCUUUCAAGGAGCCGAAUAUAUACUUUACAGGUAUGAGACAAUUGUAAAAUAUUGUGAAUACAGUUAUGAACCAUCAAAGAUAUUGAUUUUAAGCAGUCAGUGAGAAUAUUAACGGAUUUAUAAGUUAUACUUAUGGCUUAAAUGCCAGCAUACUCUGUAGGCCACUGGUGAAUGAACAUGACAUAUUCCCCUCUCACUCCCAGCACUAAAACAAUCUGUCAGGAUCCAUCUGUACCACAGGUUUGCAAUAUGGUGUGGAGAGACUCAAGACAGCUCAGCAGAGUGCCAGAAGGGCCUACCCAUCCCACAGGGCAUGUGAAACAUGAUAACCUUCCUGCUGGAAGCCCACAAAGUGCAUUGUCCUGGAUGGAACCUGUCUGAGAGAUGAUCAGUCCAAGCUGUGCUUGUGAGACCUUAACUUCCCCUGUAGUUUAUGCAACUCGAAGAGGUCAUUUACCAUGAGCAGAUGAUUUUGCCUAUCUUUGGGUCAACAGUAGCCACACUUUCAGCUAGUCUUCGUCUCCCAAGAUGCCCAGCCAAGCUGUUUCACCACUCCAGCUGCAGAGAUCUGCCAUCUCAUGACUGAUACCCACGAUAAACCAAAAUGGUUCCUACCACGUUAAUAUCCUGCAGGUCCAAUACCUGAUUUCAUCUUGCAUGUUACUCUCACCAAAAUUUUAAACUUGCAACAGAAAGGUAUUUGAGUAUCUUAUUAACAUUAACAUGGAAAUCUGCUCUCAGAGUGAAAAUGGUUUAAAAUGAAAACUGGGUUUGCUUCCAAAUGAUGAUUUUUUUUGCUCAGGACCAUCAGUUUUUCCCUCAGGGAGAAGGUAGUUUUGUCAGUACAGGUCAUUUCGUUUAAUGAAAAAAAAAAAGAAACGUUAUUUAUGCAAACCAAAUAAAAACCACUCUGCCUGUAAUAAUUGUUACUCUUUUUAAAAAAGAUACCUGUUACAGAUACAUUUUUAAGUUCUUUGUAGCAGAGGCAGAUCAUUAAUUGAACUAUAUAAGCAAAAUAAGUUUGUAGGGAUAUUUCAGGAACAGGCUAUCCUUUAUUACUGUACACUGAUAGUGAUCUCCAAGAUUAGGUAAUUCUAAACAUUGAAAAUAAGAACCUGGAUUAUACAGUAAGAAUUUAUUUGCUAAAACAUAAAUUACAGAAGAAUCAAGAAGAUAUUAUGCCUCUGACAUAAGCACUCAAGCAAAGUCCUGUAGUGAAGAGAUUCAACUCAUUCUGCCAAAUGCCCUGAAGUUUAUUUAGGUUUUUUGGCAAGUUUUCUGAUGAGUUAUUCAGAAAAUGUCAGGAAUGUAUGAUACUGAUAGAAGCUGCAUCUCUGACAGUAAAUUCUGCUUUCUUCUGCCUUAGGAACAAAGAUACUUUAAAUGUGGACUAACCCUCUGACAAAAUCCAGCAUGCCUUUUCACACUACAACUGUUCCAUAUUAUUUAGACUUUGAUAUUUCCUCCAUUCCCUGAAAGAUUUAUUUGUGUCUGUAAGGUAACCAACAGUCACACUGAUCCCAAACUUCCUGUAACUGAACCUGAGAUGUAGGUAUGAAUUUUAAAUACUUGGUUUGUACUAAAUUAACUUUUGACUCUUUAAAAAACUGAAGCAUUUAAAGGUGGUAGAGAUCACAUAGAUUAUGACUUUCUAACAAUUGUAAAUAUUUGGCAAUACUGAAAUACAAGUAGUAGAUAGAUAAGAUGCAGAAUAAUUCUCAGUAUUUCUUGUGAAAUAGUUUCCAAAUUCUGAUUACCUGUGAGACAGCAGAAUUCCCAGUGAUAAAAUGUUGUCUCAAAUCAAAAUAUUCCCAAAGAUCCAGAAAAAGUGUUACUUUUUCCUGAAUAUUAGUAAUACUAUAUGUAUAGUGAAUUGUUCACUGGAAUAAUUAAUGGCUAUUUACUCUUUUGCAAGAUAUAUAUAUAUAUUUCCCUCAUUGCAAUUCCAUUCCAGUCACAGAAAAACACAAUCAUUUGGUCUUUUAUUUCAAAGGUAGAGAGACAUGGAAAAAUUGCCUAUUCCUGGUAAAAUUUGAACUGAUCAGCUCAGAACAGGCAGUAUGUUCACGUAAGAUGCCAAUUUGAGUGAGGUCUCCUCUAGGUCUCCUCCACCAUCAUAUAGAAAUGGUAUAGAUUCUUAUGAAUCUAAUGAAAUAAAAUCUUCAGGAAGUCCUUCAUGAACACACAGCUCUGAGUACCAUCCACAAACUCAAGGCUUUACUUGAAUCUGGUGAUCACUGAACUACCCUCAUAUGCAGUAGAUGUUUUCUCCAUUCCAGUCCCAAGCUGAUAUUACCCCAAAGCAAAGCAAUUCUUCUGCUCAGAAGUCACCAGCUUCAGCCUUUUCCAGCAGCUAUGGUCCGCUGUCAAAUGUGUUUGCUAUAUUUAAUAUCAAGUUACACCCUGCCUUGAUGGCACGCAGUAAUGCAUAAUUGUUGUCAGACUGGAUCUGUUAAGUAGGUUACUGGUUGCAGCUGUCACCAGUUCCUUGAUGGAUUAUCUUGUUAAGGAGGCCAUUAAAAAUCACUUUUGAUGGGGAAUACAAAUUAUGUGCACAUAGACCAGACUCUGGUCCCAUUAGAGUAAACAGCACUGGAUUUUUGCUGAGUGCAUUCAGAUUUGUAACAAUAGAUAAGGUCUUGAAGGUUACCUGAUCCAAUGAAAAAAAUGAAGGGAAAAGCACUUACUGCUCAUAGACAAAUGAAAAAUUAGCUUGAUAAUCUUUAGGGUUAAGACUCAGAACAUCUAAAUCUAGCUAAUCAGUUUCCUAUACCAAAGAACUUGAUAGCUGAACAAUUUGUCACCUCAAUCAAUUCACUUGAACCACUCCAUCACUUGUCAAGACUAGCUAAAACCCUAAAGCAAAUAAGAAAUUAUAUGCACAAGGAGAAAAGCUAUGGAGAUGAAAUAUAGUUCCUUGGCAGUUAGAUUUAUUUCUCAUGGUUACACCAUCAAGUAAAAUUUUAACAACCUCUGCUCGGAUAUGAAGAGCCCAAUGAAUGUGGAUGAUAAACUGUCAUUUUCAGGGCAAGGGAGGCAACACCAACACCCAAAGAACUCAUUAAAUUGCAUUUCCCUUGAAAAUUGCGUCCUAUCAGAUUGUAGUCUCCUACUUCUUUCUGAGAAACAAAGUGGUCUGUUCCUGUAAAACUCUUAAUUCUAUAUAAAAAGAGAAAAUAUGUUAUGAUACUGGUCACUUAAGUAACCCAGUUUAGUAAGUAAGAAAAAAUUCAGACAUUUUCUUGGGCUUCUCACGUAAAAUGCUCUGGCAUUUACUGCAAAAUUGUGUUAAUUAACCAUAUCAUUAAUUUUGGACUUCUUGGAGUGGAUCACUAUGCUACAUUAUCCCAAGUUAAUAAAUGGUUAAAAUUUUCCAUCCUCAACCAUUGCAUGGGAAAGAAAUAUUUUCCGAUUAAAUAAAUAUAUUCUGAUAGGGCUCAAAGACUUAAAAGUGGUUGCCUGAAGACAAUGAAACUAAGCUAGGGCUCUCACAUAAAAUAUUGUAUGCUGUGUUGAAUCUAAACCUAUAAAGUUUCUCCUCUCCCCUUUUUGAAAAAAAUCAUCAAUUCAUGAAGGAUCAGUAGUUCACUAAUUGCUGAGACAGAUUUUCCUUUGGGAAAGAAAACAAAUCAUGAGUUACAAAAUUACUGUUUCGACUUCACAGGAACACUUGCUCCCCUCAUGGAGCCAGCAGGUAUUCCCUUGGCUGGUAUCUCACAGUCUGAGAGCCGUGGCAGCUUUCCUGGCACUUCCCCAGGAUCAAGCAUUCACUCACAGUAGGGAAAUCAGCCCCUGUAUUUUCAGUUAAACCAAUGCUUAUUACAAGGUCCUCUCUCUUUGGCCAGGGAACAAUGCCAUGUAUUUAUAGUUACAGCUGCCUUAUUCGUAUAAUAUUGCACCUACAUUUGUAUUCUCCCUUUAUUGUCAGACUAAUACUUGUCUGGAUUUAGCUUUGCAUUUUAAUUUAAUGUUAAAUUACAUGUAAUUGCUUUCUGCAAUAAAUUUUAAUUUGGAGUACUGAUGGGGAUGAAGGCCUCUGGCAAGAGGUGGCUCUUAAAACUGGCCUGAGUAGUUUCAAAAGCUAUCCUGUGAGUAUAGUUGGGCCUGCUUUCAAACAGACUUUAUAUAACUUUCACAGCUUUUUGAUCACUGUUUCAAAGUCUUCGUCUUUGAAAUAAAGCUGCAAUAUAAUC